GUUGCCAUCAUUAAGGGGGUGGGGAAGGGUCUGUUGUAUUUGAGAGAGGAGAUAAAAUGGUUAAAUUUGUCUACAUGUAGGCCUAGGCUACGAAAGAUAAAAUGACGAUUAAUUUAAGCCACUGUUGAAUCAAAAAGGAAAAUUUUGAACAUCAUUUAACUAUUUUUUGUGAGAUUUGCACUUUUCUGAGUUCGUGAUUAGUCAAUCAACAUGGAGUUUAUGGAUAUUCAUAUCUGUGGGGCAUGUCGGACCCAAUUUAACGUGGUUGAGCAUUUUAUCGCUCACAAACAACUGUGCCCCAUGUUAAAUCAGAUGAAGAGACAAGCUAAAAUAGACAACCAGGCUCACGGCCAGGAAAGCGAAACUCAGACUUCUGUCCAAAGACAAGGAAGAGCUGAGGAAGCUGAACCUGCAUCGACCUCCAAGCAUUGUGAUUUUACAACAACCUACGCUAAAGAUAUCGAACGUCACAUUCGAACUCACACUGGAGAGAAACCAUUCAUCUGUAAUUAUUGUAAUAAAACUUUUAACCGUAGUGAUAAACUCAAGAUACAUAUUAGACUACAUACUGGAGAGAAACCAUUUCGCUGUUCUUAUUGUGAGUAUGCAGCAGUAGACAGUAGUAGUUUAAAAAAACAUGUCAGAACUCAUACGGAUGAAAGACCUUUUAAAUGUCAGAUAUGUUCCUACGCCAGUAAAAAUUCUAGUCAACUCGUAGUUCAUCUACGAACUCACACGGGAGACUCCCCGUUUCAAUGUGGGAUCUGUCAAGCCAAGUUUAAAAUUAACUCUGAUUUAAAACGUCAUGGUAGAAUACAUACUGGAGAGAAACCCUAUAAAUGUGAUUUAUGUGAUUAUAAAUGUUCUAUUAAAGCCAAUUUAAAGACACAUCUAAAGAUCAACCAUUCAGAAGAAAAUAAAAUGACGUGUACUCAAUGUUCAUUUUCAUCAUCUUCAAAGAAAGUGAUGCGAGAACACGGUAAAGUUCACGAUACCUCGACAACCUACGAAUGUGACCUGUGUAAAUAUAUAUCGAACAGUAAAAGCGCUCUGGCAACACAUCGUAGAGUUCACAGCGAGGAACGCCCCUACCCAUGUGACUUCUGCACGUACAAAUCUAAACAAAUCGGCAACAUUAAAACACAUAUUAAG